CGAAUUGUGGUUCAUGACAGCUAUAGCGGGUACAGCUUUCUCAGCUUAAUGUUCAGAGUCUGGGAAAUCAUUUCUAAAAGUAUGCAGUAAAUAAGGGAAGCAGCAACUAGACACUGAAUUAAAUAUUAUUCUCUAAUGUGCUACAUAUUCUUCGUGUUUACCCUAGCUAUAUGUACUGGCUAUAAUGUUCGUGUAUUCUAGGCAUUAAAUAGCUGUCUUCAUAUAGUUUUUUCGAGGUAAAUUUGACGUAAUACAGUGUGCAAGGAAAUAUCUUCUUUGAAGAGCAAUCUUGCUUUACUCAACAACAAAAAUAGCAGUUCUUUCUCCCAUUGCUAGCUUCUAUCUACAUGACCAUGUUGAAAUAUAUUUUUAAUGUCGAAAACAAUCUGUCGUUGACAACAACUGCACCAUAUUCAACGCACUACAUUGGAGGGUAAAUAAAGAAACGUUUUGUAACAUAACAGAAAAAUGUCUAACCACUGUGUUGGUGUUCUUUAAUGUAUACUUAUCGUGCAACUACGAGAAAUAUAAUGGUAAAAACGCAAAAUUGGUACCGUAUGGUCUCCGAACUACUGAGUACUGACUGUUUUAGGAUAAGAGAAAUAGUUUGUUUCCUGAAAAUAAACAUUGUUGUUUGGAAUAGCUGUUUUCAAUGAAACAAAAGCGUAUCGCACAACAUUUGUGCAUCUCAGGUGAUUGGCGGAAGUGUCGCUGGAGUGGACGAUUAUGUUUUCUGUCAAGAGUUCGAAUGCUUGCGGGCGUUGGUUACUGGAAUUAGUAGUUAUGGUUCAUAAGCGAUUCCAAAAGACCCAUUAGUAGCUGCAAGAUUUACAGAGAGAAUCAAGGAACAACCGGGAGUACAAAUUGGGAUGGCUCUCACUGUGAACUAUGUUCUCGGAGACCCAUCAGCUGUUUUAGAAUGUGCUAACAAGAUUAAGGAAGAGCCGAAAGAAAGGGGUGAACAGGAUAGAGCAGAGGCUGCUGUUGCUCCAUUUGCUGAGGAUUUUGUUCUUGAGCAGGAUACUCUCAACAUUAAGAAAGAGGAGGAUUUGGAGGAAGCAUCAUUAUCAAAUUCGGAGUUUACAAACAACACUAAACGAGAAGCGGAAGUAACGUUUGAUGAGGAUGUAGCUGAGAAUUGUGAUACAGCUUCAAUUUUGGAGUUCACGAACAACGUUAAACAGGAAGUAGAAAUAACAAUUGACGAUAAUGGAGUUGAGGAUUAUGACCUCGAAGACCUGCUACCAGUUUCGGAAUGGACUAACAACAUUAAAAAAGAGCCAGAAUUAACAAUCGACGAGGAUGAAACGGAGAAUAAUGAUUUUGGUCAACCGUCAUCUUCGGAAUGGACUUAUAACGUUAAAAACGAGACAGAAGCAGCACCUGAAGUGGAUUGUGAUGAGAACAAUGACAUGGUCUCAACAGAAUAUGCAUCAAAUACUACAUGGCCCAGCCAGAUUAUGGCAAAAUUCCCCAGCACUUCACGAGGAAAUGUUCUUCAAAAACUGGUACACAGGAAGCCGGAGACGGACCCAGAGACCUCGGCACCCACUCUCAGUUGCGGCAUUCGACGCCGACAGAUUAUCUCAAAAGAGGACAGUGCCAUAAAUACAGAUAAGAACAGAUCACCACAAGGUGAACGGUGUGUGUUCACCUGCAAUUCAUGUCAGCAGAAGUUUUCAUCGAAGUACCAGCUCAUAAAGCAUGUAUUCAUCCACAUUGAUGGUGCAGAGUCACCUUCACAUGUUUGUAGAUGUUGUGGUCACGUGUAUAGAACUCGUGUCAGCCUGAGAAGACAUUUGAGGGUGAAGGAGAAUGGAUUAAGGCAUUCUGCGGGGAAACCUUACAAAUGUUAUGACUGUGGCAAAUCGUUUGUUAAACCUAGUUAUUUCAAGGCCCACAAACAAUUACAUUGUAGAGUCGAGUCACGCAAAUGUCACAUAUGUGGCAAAUCAUUUUCAACUGCUAAUUAUCUGAGAUAUCAUAUUACUGAGCAUUCUGGAGUGAAGCCACACAAAUGUGAGAUCUGUAGCAAAUCCUUCUGCACAGCUGGACGCCUAAAGUGCCACAAAUUUAUUCAUUCUGGGAUGAAGCCACAUAAAUGUAAUGUUUGUGGCAGAUUGUUUACUAGGGCUCAGCACCUGAAGGGCCAUACCCUAAUCCAUUCUGGAGUGAAGUCACACAAGUGUAAUGUUUGUGGCAAGUUCUUUCGUACAGCUACACAGCUGAAGACCCAUGGAGCAGUACACUGUGUUGUGAAGCCACACAAAUGUGAGCUGUGUGGCAAGUCAUUUAGUACUGCUACCAAUCUAAAGUACCACUCAGUGAAUCAUUCUGAAGUAACACCGCACAAAUGUGAUAUAUGUAGUAAAUUCUUUGCUAGAGCUCAAUAUUUGAGGCGACACAAGUAUUUGCAUUGUGAGCUGAAACCGUACCAAUGUGACGUGUGUUCUAAAUGCUAUGCUAGUGCCGAAUGUCUCAAGAAGCAUAAAGAGGUGCAUGGCGCGAAGCGACACAGAUGCGUUGUGUGUAGUAAAUCCUUUCGUACAGCUACCCAAUUGAUGAUCCACAGAACAGUACAUUCUGAUGUACGAGUAAAGCCUCACAAAUGUGAUGUUUGUGGCAAAUCGUUUCUUACUGCCACCUAUCUGAAGCAUCAUACACAAAUCCAUUCUGGGGUUAAGCCAUACAGAUGUGGUGUAUGUAGUAAAUCCUUCCGUACGACUUCCAAUCUGAGGCACCACGCAGCUGUACAUUUUGAUAUUAAGCCGUACAAAUGUGAGGUUUGUGGCAAAUCGUUUGCUAGAGUUGAGGGCGUGAAGACCCACGCACUAAUCCAUUCGGAUGUGAAAGCGCAUAAGUGUGACAUAUGUAGUAAAACCUUUCGUACGAUUUCCUGCCUGAAGCAACACACAGUAGUACAUUCACCUGUUAAGCCACACAAAUGUGAGGUUUGUGGCAGAUUGUUUGCUAGGGCCUCCGAUAUGAGGGGCCACGCACUAAUCCAUGCCGAAGUGAAGCUACACAAGUGUGACGUGUGUAGCAAAUCCUUUGCUAGGCGCAUUCAUCUCAAGCAACAUUUAUUGGUGCAUUGUGAGGUGAGGCCACACAAAUGUGAUUUGUGUCACAAAGCUUUCCGUACACCUGCCUGUCUGAAGAGACAUUCAUUGACACACACUGAUAUUAAGGAACACAAAUGUGGUGUGUGUCAUAAGUCCUUUGUUAAAGCUGCUUACCUCAAGAAGCAUAAACUCGCACAUCCUGAGCUGAAACUAUUCAAAUGAUGUAUUUGUGCAAAUUAUAGACUUGGAGGCUGACUGUGUAAAGGGCCACGCACACUGGAAUUGACCAUGCAAACGAGAUGUUGACGGAAAGCCCUUUUAUUGAAACUGGUACCCUCGGGACACAUCUUUGAAGCAUAGAUGGAAGCAAUGAUACAGGUGAGAUGUUUGACGUCAUAUCCCACUGCCCUCUUCUAUCAAGAGACUCGACUAAAAUGUCAGCUUUCUAAUUGAGCUGUAUUUGCGAUGUUCUGAAGAAGCUCAAAAUUUAGCGUGGACUUUGGUGCCAGACAUUUUUAACAGUUUCUUCAAUCAAACUGCCUCAAAAUUUGGAAAGAAAUCCAGAGAGAUGCUUCUCACGUGUAAAGUACACCAGUGACAAGACACGAUCAAUACCUUCGUAGUGUGGUAGGUACAUUAAUGUUACCGACGAUAGUGUCACUAAAGCAGAGUUACAGGGGUUGGACAGAAGGUAUGGAAACAGCACAAUACAAAAGCAUGUACUAGCCAAGCCUGCAGGUUGCACUAUUGUAUUCGACUGCAAACAAUGUUCUCAAUAUGUCGCAAGUGUCAGUCGUGGGCAAAAUAGUGUCUGUAGUUGUGAUUGCAUUACGUUGCAGCUAAGUGAAUUUGCACAUGGGAAAAUUGUUGGUUCCCGCAUGGUGGUUGUUUUCCUAACCAAAGUAGCCAAAGUGUUCGGUAUUUCAAGAGGCGCUAUAUGAAAGAGUUAUGCUGCAUAUGAGGAAAGCAGAAAACUGUCAAUGUACUAAAUCAGGAGGAGGGUGAAAGUGUACGAGGGGCGUUUGAAAAGUCUGUGCAAAAAUAAAAACUACUUACAUGUUUGGGGUAAGCCUUCUUUAUUUUUCGACAUAGUCUCCUUUUAGACUUAUACACUUUGUCAAACACUGUUCUAAUUUGCUGAUCCCUUCCUAAUAAUAGGAAUUGUCCAAGUCUGCAAAAUAGCUAUUAGUUGCUGCAAUCACCUCCUCGUUUGAAUAAAAUCUUUGUCCCACCAGCCAUUUUUUCAAAUUGGGGAACAAAUAGUAGUUCGAGGGAGCCAAGUCUGGAGAAUAGGUGGGAUGUGAAACGUGUUGGAAUCCUAUUUCCAUUAAUUUUGCGACCACAACUGCUGAGGUGUGUGCCGGUGCAUUGUCGUGAUGGAAAAGGACUUUCUUGUGGUCCAAUUGCCGGCGUUUUUCUUGCAGCUUGAUUUUCAAAGGGACCGGUAACUAUGAAUAAUAUGGACCCUGUAAUAGUUUUACCCUUUUCCAGGUAGUGGAUGAGAAUUAUCCCUUGCAAAUCCCAAAAGACAGUCGCCAUAACCUUUCUGGCCAGAGGAAUGGUCUUCACCUUUUGUGGUGCAGAUUCUCCCUUGUGGUAACCCAUUGUUUAGACUGUUGUUGGUCUCAGGAGUAUAGUAACAUAUCCAUGUUCCAUCCACAGUGACAAAAAGAUGCUUAAAGUCCUGCAGAUUCUUCCUGAACAGCUGCAAACCAUCCUUGCAACACUUCACACAAUUCCGUUUUUGGUCAAGUGUAAGCAAUCGCGGAACCCAUCUUGCGGAUAGCUUUCUCAUGUCCAAGUGUUUAUGCCAAAUUUUGUGUACCCGUUCAUUCGAGAUGCCCACAGCACUAGCAAUCUCACGCACCUUAACUCUCCCGUCAUCCAUCACGAUAUCAUGGAUUUUAUGAAUGAUUUCUGGAGUCGUAACCUCCACAGGGCGUCCACAACGUUCAGCAUCACUUAUACCCAUAUGGCCCCCCGAAAAGUUUGAAACCACUUAUAAACUGUUCUAAUCGAAGGUGGAGAGUCACCGUAAUGUUUAUCAAGCUUCUCUUUAGUUUCCUGAGGCGUUUUGCCUUUCAUAAAGUAAUAUUUAAUCCCACACAAAAUUCUUUUGCAUCUAUUUUUUGACAAUCGCUUGACUUCCUUGGUUCACACCAGUGCCAAAACUAUAGACCAAUAUGGCUGAAACUUGGUGUGCAUUUUUUCCAAAGAUACUACUAACUAAACAUUACCUAGAUACGCUCCGGUGGUGCCACCUCUUGGACUCUUUUUUAGAGAAGUCUCCAUGGUCAUGGAUCAAGUCAAUACAUGAAAUUAUAACACGAUAUUAGAAACAGAUAAAAUGAAAUGUAAGAAAAACAUAUUCAGGUGAUAAGUCGUAAGUUUAAAUAAAGAAAAUCAACAAUGUAACAUUGGAAUUUGCUUAAUUUUUCAGCUCUUCCAGGAGCUCCUCCACAGACUAGGAGUCAGCCUUGAGGACACUCUUCAGUUUAGACUUAAGAGAGUUUGGGCUACUGCUAAGAUUUUUGAGUUCUUGUGGUAGCUUAUUGAAAGUGGAUGCACCAGAAUACUGCACUCCUUUCUGCACAAGAGUCAAGGAAGUGCAUUCCACAUGCAGCUUGGAUUUGUGCUUAGUAUUAACUAAGUGAAAGCUGCUAACUCUUGGGAAUAGGCUAAUACUGCAAACAACAAACGACAUUAAAGAAAAUAUAUACUGUGAGGGCAAUGUCAGAAUUCCCAGGCUGUUGAAUAGGGGUCGACAAGAGGUUCUCGAACUUACACCACAUAUAGCUCGAACAGCCCGUUUUUGGGCCAAAAAUACCCUUUUUGAAUCAGAAGAAUUACCCCAAAAAAUAAUACCAUACGACAUAAGCGUAUGAAAAUAUGUGAAGUAGACUGCUUUUUGUGUCGAACUGUCACUUAUUUCAGAUACUGUUCUAAUGGUAAAUAAAGCAGCAUUUAGUUUCUGAACAAGAUCCUGGACAUGGACUUUCCACAACAGCUUACUAUCUAUCCGAACGCCUAGGAACUUGAACUGUUCCGUCUCGCUUAUAAUAUGCCCAUCCUGUCUGAUCAAAAUAUCGGUUCUUGUUGAAUUGUGAGUUAGAAACUGUAAAAACUGAGUCUUAGUGUGAUUUAACAUCAAAUUAUUUUCCACAAGCCACGAACUUAUUUCAUGAACUACAUUAUUUGAUACUGUUUCAAUAUUACACACAAGAUCCUACACUACCAAACUGGUGCCAUCGGCAAACAGAAAUAUUUUUGAAUCACCUGUAAUACUAGAAGGCAUAUCACUUAUAUAAAUAAGAAACAGCAGUGGCCCCAGCACCGACCCUUGGGGAACACCCCACUUAACAGUGCCCCAUUGGGACUGAACAUCACUACAACUCUCAAUAUUGCGGAGAAUUACCUUCUGCUUUCCGUUCUUAAAGUAAGAGGUGAACCAAUUAUAAGCUACUCCCCUUACUCUAUAAUGGUCCAACUUCUGUAGUAAUAUUUUGUGGUCAACACAGUCGAAAGCCUUCGUUAAAUCAAAGAAAACACCUAGCGUUCGAAACCUUUUAUUUAAUCCGUCCAAAACCUCACAGAGAAAAGAGAAUGUAGCAUUUUCAGUUGUUAAACCAUUCCUAAAACCAAACUGAACAUUUGCCAGAAAAUUAAGUGAAUUUGCUCCAGUAACCUUGUAUACACAACCUUCUUGAUAACUUUAACAAACACCGAUGGCAUAGAAAUAGGUCUAAAAUUGUCAACAUUGUCCCUGUCUCCCUUCUUAUAAAGUGGCUUCACUACCGAGUACUUUAAUCGGUCGGGAAGGCGACCACUCCUAAAGGAAAAGUUACAAAUAUGGGGCUAAGUGCUGGGCUAACAUACAUAGAACAAUACUUCAGUAUUCUGCUAGAUACCCCGCCAUAUCCAUGAGAGUUCUUGGUCUUUAGUGAUUUAAUUAUUAACUCAAUCUCCCUCUUGUCAGUAUCAUGGAGAAGCAUUUCAGGUAACAGUCUCGGAACACUUUUUGCUAAGAGCGCUAUAUGAUUCCAUCUUGGGACUAGGUUUCCAUUUAGUUCACCUGCUAUAUUCAGAAAGUGGUUAUUAUAUACUGUACAUAUAUGCGACUUAUCUGUAACACGGACAUUCCCACUAUGCACUGUUUCUAUAUCCUCAACCUGUCUCUGCAGAGCAGCCACUUCCUUUACGACUGACCAUAUGGUUAUAAUUUUAUCCUGAGACUUAGCUAUUCUAUCUGCAUACCACAUACUUUUUGCCUUCCUAAUAACUUUUUAAGCAUCUUACAAUACUGUUUGUAAUGGGCUGCUGCAUUUAGACUCUGACUGUUUCUAACGUUUUGAUAUAAUUGCCACUUUGUUCUACAAGAUAUUCUUAUCCCUCUAGUCAGCCACCCAGGCUGCCUGUUUUGAACGUUCUACCGGAAAGCAACUUUCAAAAAGCACGAGAAAAGUCUUGAGAAAAGCAUUACAUUUAUUGUCUACUGUAUCAGCACUAUAAACGUCUUGCCACUCUUGUUCCAUGAUAAGGUUUACAAAGGUCUCUACAGCAGCUGGAUCAGCUUUCCUAAACAGCUGAUGACUAUAUUUAACAUGUGUUGCAGCACAAAAAUCUUUUAGAGUUAAAAUUUGGGCAUCAUGAUCUGAAAGGCCAUUCAUCUUUUUGCUAACAGAAUGCCCUUCUAGUAAUGAGGAAUGAACAAAAAUGUUGUCUUUGCACGAACUUUUCAAACACCCCUCGUAUGUCAAGUGUACAUAACAGACAUUCACCAAAGAGGACUUUGAUGAAAAUUAGGAGACGACAGCUGCAAAAGCUGCCACAGAACUGAAUGUUGCACUUGUGAAGACUGUCAGUGACAAAACAGUGUAAAGGGAGCUCCCAAAACAGGGAAUCCAGCGCAAGCUGGAAUUCGAAAACCUCUCACCAGUGAUGCAAAUGUCCGUAACAGGACGACUUGGUGCCGGAGCUAUAAAACUUGGGAUAUGCAGCAAAGGAAGGAAGUAAUUUGCUUUGGUGAGUCUUUCACACUGUUUCCAAUUGCUGUUCAAGUUUAAAUCCCCAAGAGCAAAAUGUGUCGGGGGUUUGCUAAUGAUAUGAGCAGCUAAACUGUAUUCGUUGGGCCUCACAAGUGAUUUGCAAGGUCGCGUGAAUGCCAAGUAUUAUUUUACCAUUUUCGCUAAUCAGGUGCAUCUCGUGGUACAGUGUUUGUUUCCUAAUUGCAGUGCUGUGUUGAGAGAUGACAGGCCCCUCUUCGCACAGCUUGCAUUGUCCAGGACUAGUUUUGUGAGCACGAGGAUGAAUUGUUCCAUCUCUACUCGCCACCACAGUGACCGGAUCCCGAUAUCAUGUAUCCUUUAUGGUCUGCUUUGGAAAGAAGGGUGCGUGAUCACUGUCCACCUCUACCGUCGGUACCUAAACUUACUUCUGUUUUGCAGGGCGAUUGGUAUAAGAUUAUCUGGAAAAUCAUACAGGACCUGCAUUUAUUUGUUCAGAUAUGACUGGAAGCUGUUUUCAAUGCCCACAGUUUUCCUACAGCCUAUUAGGCAUGGAAAUGUGUUGUGUUUGUGGUGUUUCCAUAUUUCUAUCCACCUCCUGUAUGUAAAAGACAAGUGAAAACUCAACUACACUAUGUGAUCAGAAGUCUACGGACACCUGGCUGAAAAUGACUUAAAAGUUUGUGGCACUCUCCAUCGGUAGUUCUGGAAUUCAGUAUGGUGUUGGCCCACCCUUAGCCUUGAUGACAGCUUCCACUCGCAGGAAGGUUUCUUGGGGAAUGGCAGCCCAUUCUUCACAAAGCGCUGCACUGAGGAAAGGUAUCGAUGUCCGUAAGUGAGGCCUGGCAUGAAGUCGGCAUUCCAAAGCGUUCCUAAGGUGUUUUGUAGGAUUCUGGUCAUGACAAUAUACAGGCCAGUCCAUUACAGGGAUGUUAUUGUCAUGUAACCACUCAGCCACAGGCCUUGCAUUAUGAACAGGUGCUCGAUCGUUUUGUAAGAUGUAGUCGCCUAUCCUGAAUUGCUCCUCAACAGUGGGAAGUGAGAAGGUGCUUAAAACAUCAAUGUUGUCCUGUGCUGUGAUAGUGCCACGCAAAACAACAAGGGGUGCAAUCUCCCACCAUGAAAAACACUACCACACUGUAACACCACCGCCUCCGAAUUUUACUGUUGGCACUACACGCCCUGGCAGAUGACAUUCACUGGGUGUUCGCCAUACCCACCAUCGGAUCACCACAUUGUGUAUCAUGAUUCGUUACUCCACUCAAUGUAUUUUCCACUGUUCAAUUGUCGAAUGUUUACAUUCCUUACACCGAGCGUGGCAUCAUGUAGCUUUUACCCGGCGUAAUGCGUGGCUUAUGAGCAGCCACUUGACCAAGAAAUCCAAGUUUUCUCACCUCCCUUCUAACUGCCAUAGUACUUGCAAUGGAUCCUGAUGCAGUUUGGAAUCUCUUUGUGAUGGUCUGGAUAGAUGUCUGUCUAUUACACAUUAUGACCCUCUUUAACGGUCAAUGGUCUCUGUCAUUAAACAGACGAGGUCAGCCUGUACGCUUUUGUGCUGUACGUGUCCCUUCACGUUUCCACUUCACUGUCACAUAGGAAAUGGUGAACCUAUGGAGGUUAAGGAGUGCAAAAAUCUUGGGUACAGAUGUAUGACACAAGUGACACCCAAUCACCUGACCAGGUUCAAAGUCUGUGGGUUCUGUGGAGUGUCCCAUUCUGCUCUCUCACAAUAUCUAAUGACUACUGAGGUCGCUGAUAUGGAGUACCUAGCAGUAGGUGGCAGCACAAUUCACCUAAUAUGAAAAACGUAUGUUUUUAGGGGUGUGCGAAUACUUUUGAUAACAUAGUGUAUAAAUGACAGACAUACGGUGCUGUGUUACAACAUGAUCAGGAGCCAGACUACAAUCAAGUGUGCCACUGCAACUUUUCUUAGAAUGAUGAUAAUCACAGAUUUUUAAAAUUCCUUCGCCAAAAAAGAUAAAGUAAAUUUUUCCAGAAUUUGAAUCAAGAACAGUUGCCAACCUGAGUAACUUAGCAGUAGACAUCUUCGGUGAGGCAAAGCAGUUGAAAUUGCUUAACAAAAGCAAGUCUUCUGGUCCAGAUAGUACAUCAGUUAGCUACCUUUAAGACUAUGCUGAAAUAUUAGCUGCAAUCUUGACAAAAAUUCUUACACCCGCUUGGUCAAUGAAAGAUCUGUACCUCAAGACUUGAAAAUUGCACAAGUCAUACCAGUACUCAAGAAAGGAAAUUGAAGUAAUCUGCUAAGCUGCAGGCCCACAUCGCUGACACUAAUUUACAGUAUUAUUUUAGAAAUGUUGUCAAAAGUUAUUAAUUACUUUGAAGAAAAUGAUCUGUUCACACACAGCUAGCAGGGAUCUAGGAAGUAUCGUUUCUGUGGAACACAACUAGCUCUUUAUUUGUGUGAAAUAAUGAGUGUCAUUGACGGGGGAUCUCAAAUUAAUUGUAUAUCUGUAGAUUUUCAAUUAGCAUUUGACACCAUUACUCACAAUCAACUUCAAACCAAAUUGUAUUUCUAUGGAGUAUUGUCUCAGUGUGCAACUGCAUUUGUGAUUUUGUGUCAAAAAAGUCGCAGUUAAUAGUAAAUGAUGAAAAAUAAUAGAGUGAAGCCUGACAUUCCUCACGGAAGUGUUACAGGUGCUCUGCUGCUCCCAAUCUACACAAAUGAUUUAGUAGACAAUCUGAGCAGUGCUCCUAGAUUGUUUGAAGAUAAUGCUAUUGUUUACCAUCUAGUAAAGUCGGAAGGUUACAACGGAUUGCAAAGUGAUUCAGACAAGAAACCUGCAUGGAGCGAAAAGUGGCAAUUGACUCUAAAUAGUGAAAAAUGUGAGGUUAUCCACAUGCGGACAAAAAGGAGUAUGCUAAAUUUCGGUUACACAAUAAAUCACGCAAAUCUAAACACUGUCUGUUCAACUAAAUACAUAGGUAUUACUGCUAUGAACAACAUAAACUGGAAGAUCAUUUACAUAGAUAAUAUUGUGGGAAGGUGAACCAAAGAGUGUGUUUUAUUGGCAGAACACUUAGAGUCUGCAACAGGUGUGCUAAAGAGAGUGCCUGCACUACGCUUAUCUUUCCUCUUCUGGAGUACUGCUGAUUGAUACGGGGCGCUUACCAGAUAGCACUGACAGAGGACAUCGUUAAUUCCAAAGGAGAGCUGCUCAUUUUGUUUUAUCGUGAAAUAAGGGAGGAGGGAAGCGUCACGGGUACAAUAGUCAAGUUGGGGUGGCAGUCAUUGAAUGGAAGGCAAUUCUUAUUGUGGAGAGAUCUUUUCAAAGAAUUUCAAUCACCAAUUUUCUCUUCCAAAUGCAAAAUAUUUUCUUGAUGCCCACCUGCACAGGGAGAAAUGGUCAUAGUGAUAAAAUAAGAGGAAUCAGAGCUCACACGGUAAUAUUUAUUUAUUCAUUUUACCUACAUUUUUCCUGAGUGUGGAACAGUAGAGAAAUAGUCUGAAGGUGGUGUGAUGAACCCUCCACCAAGCAUUUAAAUUUAAAUCACAGAUUAGUCAUGUAGACGUACUUCUGAUGUGUAUUUAUAUUAUCUGAGGAACAAAAUAGUCCAUUAUCACACAUGUAAUGCUCUCUCGCUCACUACAUGCAAGUUUAUGUCUUCGUGGAAUGCUGAAAGAGCUGAUAUUUUUGUGGCAUCAUAUAAAACUACAUUUUAUUUUUAUGGUUAUAAAAUAUGAAACAAAAAACUAACCAAUUUUUUUUAAAAAACUGACUGAUGUACGAAGAUGUUCUUUGAAAUAAACAAAUUCUUCCA